AUGGCGUUCCCCAGUCCCGCCCCGGCUCCGGCUCUGUACGACGCUCCCAAGCUCGCCAAAGCGUUCUACUCUGCGACCACGUUUGCGAAUACCCUCUCGACCUUUGCCGCUAUUGCUCACUCGGUCGGGCUCGACGAUCUGCCGGUGGCGGAGCGGUACCCGGUCCUCCGCGACGCGUGCUUUGGACAUAUGCGGCUGCGGCAGAUAUUCCGCCAGCACCUUGACCCGCUCCGUGCACGCGAGGGCUACGCGUCCGCCCCGUGCACCGGGAUGCGGGUCCUGGUUCUCGGUGCCGGUCCGGGUGGCCUGCGGACCGCCAUCGAAGCGGCGGUCCUCGGUGCUGAGGUGCUGGUCGCCGAGAAGCGGCACAGGUUCUCGCGGCACAACGUGCUGCACCUGUGGAAGUUUAUGGUCGCCGACUGUCAGGCGCUCGGAGUCAAGGCGCUCGCGCCACGGUUCUGCCGCGGCGGCCUCAACCACGUCUCGAUCAAAGCGCUUCAGCUUGCGCUCACCAAAAUUGCGCUCCUCGCCGGCGCCGUCGUGGUGCCGGGCCAGUCCGUGGCGGGCGUCUCGGCCUUUGACAACGAUAGGGAGCGGUGGCAUGUCGAGCCCGAGGCGGGCACCGAGCUGGCGCCGCGGGUUGCGGACUUUGACUUUGAUGUGGUGGUCGGCGGGUGCGGAUCGGCGGCUCCGCGGCUCCGCGGCUUUACAUCGUCGACGUUUCGGGCGAACGUGGCCAUUGGCAUCACCGCCAACUUUGUCCGCCGCGGCUCCGCCGCCGAGUCCAAACUCCAUGAGAUCCCAGGCAUUGGCCGGCAGUACCAUCCGCAGGUCUUCAACGCCAUCGAGGCCGAGACCGGUGUCGCACUCGAGAACCUGGUUUACUAUCAGGACGAAACACACUACUUUGUCAUGACCGUCUCCCGCGACUCGCUUGUGGCCCGCGGCGCGGUCAUUGCUGACCUCCCCAGCAUCGACGCGCUCCUCGCCCGCGACAACAUCGACUGCGACGCACUGCACGCCCUGUGCAUGGACGUUGCGCUAGCAGCAACCCGGCUGCUCGCCGGCGCUGAGCUGCCCGAGCCCGAGUUUGCGCUCACAGCACGCGGAGCGCCCGACGUCGCUGUCUUUGACUUUACCGAGAUCUCGUACCUUGACGCUUCGGCGCGGGUAGAACUCGCUCGCCGCGGCUCCAGCGAGCGCUCGCUGAUCCUUGCUCACGUCGGAGACGCAUUGCUUGAGCCGUUUUGGCCGCAGGGUACCGGCGCGUCGCGGGCUUUUCUCUCCGCGCUCGACCUCGCGCACAUGCUUGUCCGACUUGCUGGUGGCACUCCGGUGCCCGAGGCGCUUGAGGAGCGUGAGCGCGUCUAUGCGCUCCUCUCGUCGACGACUGACGGCAACAUUCGCAAGACCUUUGCCUCACACACUCACGAGCCGGCCAGUCGGUACGACUUUGUGCCGCCACCGUCGGGACGCGACGUGUCUGAUCUCAUUACCAGCGUGUAAUUCGCCCUUCUUUUACCGUCCGCUGACCGAAGUACCGGCAACAAAGAGGCCAAGACCGGCUGAUGGCGCCGCAUCCGGCACGAGCGCGUGUUUUCCGGGCGGAGCG